UGCACGAGCUGAGUGAAAAGGGGAGCAUUAAGACCCAGGAGUAGUGGGGGACUGCAGCAUUGAGCAGGAGGAGGUGGAGAAGCAGGCAGUGAGGGUGGGAGCCAUCUGGUACUUUGGUAGCAUCUCUAACAGCAUCAGCAUUGGCCAUAACAAGAGAAAUAUGGCCAGUCAGUCCCAGGGCAUCCAGCAGCUCCUGCAAGCUGAGAAGCGGGCAGCUGAGAAGGUGGCAGAUGCCCGAAAGAGGAAGGCCCGCCGACUGAAGCAGGCAAAAGAGGAAGCCCAGAUGGAGGUGGAACAGUACCGCAGGGAGCGAGAGCAGGAAUUCCAGAGCAAGCAGCAGGCGGCCAUGGGCUCCCAGGGGAACCUAUCUGCGGAGGUGGAGCAGGCAACAAGGCGCCAGGUGCAGGGAAUGCAGAGCUCCCAGCAGAGAAACCGGGAGCGUGUCCUGGCCCAGCUUCUUGGCAUGGUCUGCGAUGUCAGGCCCCAGAUCCACCCCAACUACUGGAUCACUGCCUAAGCUCCACCCCAGAGCCUGACUCCCCCUGCCAGUCCCUUCCCUCAAAAAAAUUCCCCAAACCCAAAUCACCCCCUAACAUAGUCCUUCUCUCCAUUCCAUUCCCUGGAAAUUGUAGGAGGCAGAUUCCAAUAAUUCUCCUGUAAAACUUUUAAAUAUCCUGCUCAGACCUGAAUCUCCUUGAUGUUCUUUAACUCUCACUGUAAUCUUGUAAACUCCCAAGUCACUCUCACCCACCACCUACUUGAAAUUUGUAGCAUGGAGAAAUACGGAUGUGGGAAACACUUAGACUUCAGAGCCUGGCAGAAAUGGGAGAGGAACCAGGCUUGCCACUCUCUACCUACAUAACCUGGGACAAGAUCCUUAGUCUCACAGCCUGUGUGCCCCUCUGUGAAACUGGAAAAAUAAUAAUGCCUACCUUGGGGGUUGCUGUAAUGGUUAAGAAUCAUCCUAUAAAGAGCAUAGUAUGGUUCCUGGUAUGUAGUAGCUGUGAUGAUAAGGCAACCCUGUGAUAUUAUCACCACCAGUGCCCACCUGCCAAAACCUAAAUAUAACUCUUAUAUUUAGAGUUAUAUUCUCCAAUGACUCUCCAAAUCUACUAAUUCAUUCUGUGGCACUAGUAAUUCUCUGAAGAAUUGUUUUUUCCUGCCUCUCUUUCCCCAGAGACCUUAUGGUCUCCUAAAGGAUGAAAUUAUGACCUCAUUUAGACCCUCUACUACAGUUCCAGGAAGAGACUGCAUUUUAUGGCCUUUUGUCUCCCUUAAGCUUGUCUUUCUCUUUCUUCGAUUUCCCCCUUUUCCUGUUUCCUCAAAGACCCAUCUGAUGCCCAUACUUCCUGACAUUAAAGUGAUGCUCUAUAACCUCAUUAGUACUGCCUUUCUGUCUAGAUUCUCAACACCUUACUUUCCCUUUGAAUUCCACCUGUUUGUGACAAUUAAAAAAGUGUCAAUAAAAUAACCUGUGGGCAAACCAUUUGGUGAGUGGAA